AUGGCCCCCAAGCGCCGCAACGGCACCGCAGCCAUCAACAAAGACACGCCCUCCUCCUCAGUCAAUACUCCCACCUCCGCUAGCAUCACGAAUCCCCUCCGCCCCACGCCCCUCGAAACUCUGCUCCUAGCAAUCUACCCCGCCCUCCUCCUUCUCGGCGCCGCCUUCUCCCUCUUCGACCCGUCCGCGCGCACAGCGCCCUACAACAACCUCACGCAAUCCCACCCGCCUGACCUUGCACCCUCCUACUUCGCUCUAAAACGCAACUUCCUGAACUCUUACUUCGUCAAGAUUCACUGGUUCUGGGUGUCUCUAGCUUACAUCGUGUUCUUGUUCACGAGCAGAGCCAGUGGGCCCCCAGGAGGCUUGGUGGUGACGCCAAAACGAUUGAGGGGCGCGGUAAGAUAUGCGCUGGUGACUGCGUGGUGGCUGGGUGUGACACAGUGGUUUUUUGGACCGGCGCUGGUGGAUCGUGGGUUCAGGGUUAGUGGGGGCGCGUGCGAGAUUGCGAGACGAUUGGAGGGGAAAGGGGGCGUGGGGGAGGUGUUUAGUAAAGAGGCUUGUCGCGCGGUGGGGGGCGUGUGGAGGGGUGGGCAUGAUAUUUCUGGGCAUGUUUUCAUUUUGACGAUGGGGAGUGCUUUCUUGGCCAUGGAGAUGCUGCCGGUUGUGCUGGGGUGGAAGGGGUUGAGGGAUGAGAGAGUUGCGAGGGGACAGAGGGGGGAGGUGGGGAGGGUGGAUCGCGGUAGUAGUGGGGGGGAUGUGGGGGAGGAAGGGGAGCAGGAGACCGCGGUGGAAAGAGUAGGAGCCUGGUUGAUGAUGGGUGUGGUGGGGUUGAGUUGGUAUAUGCUGUUGAUGACGGCGAUUUAUUUUCAUACGUGGUUUGAGAAGCACUCUUUACCAUCUUCUUUCUACCUCGAGCCAUUCCGGCAAUGA